AUGAGCGCCAUCGCAACCAACGAAGGGCCAAUAAUCGCCCAGGCCGCUGUGUCUAACGCGCCUCUCGCUGGUACCAUGCAAGAGAAACAUCUCGGAAGAGGUUCUAUCGAUGCCGGUGUCCAAGAAGUCCCACGUUCGUCGGCCGACUUUGACAGCGAUGAUGAGGUGACAGAGGAGGAGCUUCACACCCUUCGUCGAGUCUCUGGCAAGAUCCCCUGGCCUGCUUUCACUGUCGCGUUCGUUGAGCUUUGCGAACGUUUUUCCUACUAUGGCACCACUGUUGUCUUCGUCAACUUUAUCCAGCAACCUCUUCCAGAAGGCUCAUCAACCGGCGCGGGCUUCGAGGGCCAAUCUGGAGCUCUUGGAAUGGGUCAGCGAGCCUCCACAGGUCUAGUCACAUUCAACCAGUUCUGGGCAUAUGUGAUGCCUCUAGCAGGUGCAUAUAUCGCUGAUGCUCAUCUUGGUCGUUAUAAGACCAUCCACGUUGCGAUUGUCUGUGCUAUCGUCGGGCACGUCAUCUUGACUGCCUCGGCAGCUCCCAGUGUCAUCAAACACAAUUCCGCCGCCCUGGCAUGCUUCUCAAUUGGUCUGAUCAUUCUCGGAAUCGGCACUGGUGGUUUCAAAUCAAACAUCUCCCCCCUUCUUGCAGAACAACAAACCGAAACCAAGAAGCGGAUUAAAACUCUUCCUACUGGCGAACGCGUUAUUGUAGACCCCAUGGUCACAACCUCCCGAAUCUUCCUCUACUUCUAUAUGUGUAUUAACAUCGGCUCGCUCGUAGGACAAAUUGGCAUGGUGUAUUGUGAGAAAUAUGUUGGUUUCUGGCUUGCAUAUCUGUUGCCCACAGUCCUCUUCCUCAUUGCACCAGUUGUCCUGGCAGUCUGCCGAAAGCACUAUGUGCUUACACCUCCUACCGGUUCAGUCUUUGCCAAAUUCUGGCAACUUUGGGGAUAUGCCUCCAAGGGUCACUGGCACCUCAACCCGGUCGCGACCUACAAGAGCAUGUCUGCACCCGGCUUCUGGGAGCGUGUCAAGCCAUCGAAUAUCCCUGCUGCUGAAAGACCAGCUUGGAUGACCUUCGACGACGCUUGGGUCGAUGAGGUCCGUCGUGGUCUCAAAGCCUGCGCGGUCUUCCUGUACCUCCCACUUUACUGGCUCGCUUACGGUCAGAUGACUGGUAACUUGACCUCUCAAGCUGCUGUCAUGGAACUCAAUGGUGUUCCCAACGACAUUAUCCAGAACCUGAACCCGAUCUCGAUCAUCAUCUUCAUCCCACUAAUGGACUUUGUUAUCUACCCAGCACUCCGCAAGGCCCGCAUCAAUUUUACUCCGAUCAAGCGUAUCUUCUUCGGCUUCAUCCUCGCCAGUCUGGCCAUGGUAUCAGCUUGCGUUAUCCAAGUCUACAUCUAUAAACUCUCGGAAUGUGGCACCCAUGCAUCAGACUCGGACUGUGCGGCCGCGCCCAUCAACGUUUGGGUUCAAACCGUCCCUUACGUCCUCAUCGGUUUCUCCGAGAUCAUGGCUUCCAUCACAUCCCUCGAAUACGCAUUCACCAAAGCCCCGUACAACAUGCGAAGCUUCGUCAUGGCGAUUAACCUUCUCAUGAACGCCUUCAGCAGCGCCAUCGCCCAGGGUCUCGUUGCCCUUUCUGCCGAUCCGUUGCUCGUUUGGAACUAUGGAGUUGUAGCUGUCCUUUCCGGCCUCGGUGGCAUCGCCUUCUGGUUCAACUUCCGUGCUCUUGACAAGGACGAAGACAAGUUGAACAUGCUCCAGGCUUCCGCUUACACCGGGAAGAGAGGCAGCAUCAGCGCGCCCUCUGUCAGGGAGACUUACGAGGAUAAGGAGACUGCUGGCACCCACGUUUAA